AUAAUUGUUUGAGUAAUGCAUAGCAAAUAAUUAUAAAUAUUGUUUCAUUGUUUGUCAUGUUAUGGCGAAUAUGGUGGAAAUUGAUUUUUCAAAUAGCUUCUGAGCCUCUCCUAAAAACAGUGGCUGUAUCGUGUUGGUUGUGGCGACUGCGUCGCAGCGGCGGGGUGGUUGGGGGGGCUAGGCUCAGUGGCUGCAGUGUUAUACUGCUCUACCAAGUUGUGUGUGUGUGUGUUUUCGUCUGUAGAAUUUUCAUACCUUCACUCAACUAUAAAAUUCCCAAAGGAAGCCUCAAUCAGUAUCUUCCUCAUACGUCAAUUAGUCCCUUCAAAUAUUCAAAAAAUGUUCUCAAACAUGGAAAUUAUCAGAAUAUCUAUUUAUUGAGGUACCGCCCAGUCUAACCUCUCUCAUGAUGUGAUCAACAAAUCCAAUAGACUCAAUUACACUUUGCAAAAAAUGUUUUUUCCAAUUGGUUGGCCGCGAGUUCUGAAUACCUCUUGUACAUCCUCCAUUAUUGCAAUCACUUGCAAUCGCGACAAGAUUCUUUUCGCCAUUGUAACCCGCUCGUCUUUAGCCAUCUGGUAUUGUAAACCCUGCGUGCCCAUCGUCUUCAGCAGAAGAACUGACGAUUGCAUAGAUAAAUACGGAGAAAAUAGCCUAGUCCAAUGGAGACCAGACUCAUCUAUGCUGGUGGUGACCACCUCGGACAGUUAUCUUCUAUUCUACCGUUUGUCAGAUACUGCUGGAGAAUCCCGAGGUCUCUACGAGCAGAAGGACUCUCCUGUUACAAGCCUCCGUAGAGAUUCAGCAGAGCUCUUUAUCAAGGAAGUAAUACCUUCUUUGAUUCUCGUCUUCGUAAUGCCAGUGUGGAUCGAUGGAGGAAUCAGUUCACUAGUUUGCAUCAGGGAUGAACUGAUGAUAGCCACGAAAACGAGUCACAUCGUCAGACAACGUUGGGAAGGUACCGCCAAUCGUGAUUACUCUCUCGAUCUCAGAAGAAUUCCCUUCAGCAUCGAUCAACAAGUCUCAACUCCUGCUCUACCAAUCACUGAGAAUAACGUUCAUGUCAGUGAUAUCGAAUACUCUCCACUGGUGGGAGGAUUUGCCAUUGUUCUUAGCAAUGGAAAGGCUGCAUUUUUAACAGCGCAAUCACUCAAGUUCGAUCCGAAUCAAGUGCAGGGAAUCUGGGCUAGAUAUCUCGAGGAUGCGACUUGUGCUGCUGUCAAUCAUAAAUACAGACUCAUUGCAUUUGGUAGGGAAAAUGGAGAGGGGGUUGUUUAUUAUGUCGAUGAGACGACUGGAGCUCUUGAGGUGUCACAUGUGCUCAACUUGUCCUCGAAGGACUAUCCAGGCAAACCGGGAAGGGUUAAAUGUAUCAGAUGGACACCUGAUAGUUGUGCUAUUGCAUUGGCUUGGGAGAGUGGCGGAUUGGCUAUUUGGAGCACAUUUGGGGCUUUGCUUUUAUGUACCCUCAAGUGGGACUAUGGAUUGCAUGUGGACUUGGGAAGAGAUAAUCCUCUGAAGAUCAGGACUAUGGAGUGGAGUGCUGAGGGGUACAGGCUGUGGAUGCUUAGAGAAUCACCUCGCGGGUGUAAUGGAGGAGAGAAUGGAAAUGUGGAGGGAGAUUAUGGAAGGAAGUCUGUAGUGCAGCUCGACUUCGUGAAAAGCCCUUUGACUGUCAAUCCAUGUAUGGGACAUGGACAUUUGUAUCUUCAAGGAGAGGAUCGCUUGUACCUGAAUUUAGGUGGUGUAUCGGCGGACACCCCUGGCUUUCAUCUGACCAAUGACAUGCCAAACGAUUCAUCAUCACAAACUUUAGCUGGAUCAAAACAGUGGCUCGUGGUUCCAAUUCCCAGUACCUACACAGGUUCCAACUGGCCAAUUAGAUAUACUGCAAUAGAUAAUGAGGGGUUGAGCAUAGCCGUCGCCGGCAGAACUGGUCUGGCUCAUUACUCGUUGCAAUCCAGGAAGUGGAAGCUGUUUGGAAAUGAAACUCAGGAGAAGGACUUUAUCGUCACUGGAGGACUGCUGUGGCAUCGAGGAUUCAUGAUCGCUAGUAGUUAUUCAUUACUCGAGGACAAAGAUGAAAUCCGAAUUUAUCCGAGGGAUACGAGGCUGGAUAAUAACUACGUCAAAACGUUUAGAAUGCCUUCCCAAGUGUUGCUUUUAAAUACUAUGAAGGCGAGACUCCUCACCUUCUGUGCUAAUGGACAAAUCAGUAUUUUUGAUAUGGCUCUACAAGGAGAAGAAGGUUCUGGAAGCAUUGAAUUAACUCGAACCCAAACAGUUGACAUUUCCGGUCUCUGCGUGCAUCCAGCUUGUGUAGUUAGUGCAACAUUGACUACAAUCCGUGCAGAGACAGCAGGGAGUCAUCCUCAUCCGGAGAGUCUCCUAUUAAAUGUGUCUGGACGUCUCUUGAUGGUGCAACGAGAGCACUGCACAGAUAACCCUGAUGUUCUUUUCACGUGCUCUCCUCCGAAUGUGUUGGCCUCCUGUGUGGAAAACGUUUGGGUGCCCGCUCGCUCUCGGCGUGACAAACCACAUCUCACCGAGGCUCUCUGGCUGUUCUGUGGGGCCCAUGGGAUGCGUGUUUGGCUACCUCUUUUCCCACGCAAUCAUCAGGACAAUGCUCACACCUUCAUGUCCAAACGAAUUAUGCUCCCUUUUCACUUGCGCAUCUAUCCUUUAGCAAUCCUCUUUGAGGAUGCUAUUCUCCUUGGGGCUGAAAACGACACAGUUCUGUACACAUCAGACACCAAUUCUCCUUUUUCACUCCCCUUCUCUCUUCUAGAAUUGACAUCUCAAGUAUACCUCCAUCAGAUUUUACGUCAAUUAAUCCAUAGAAAUCUUGGAUAUCACGCUUGGGAAAUUGCCAGGUCAUGCGCCGCUCUUCCUUACUUUCCUCAUUCUCUGGAACUGCUUCUCCACGAGGUCCUAGAGGAAGAGGCCACCAGUAAAGAACCUUUGCCCGAUGCUCAGUUACCCUCAGUGGUGGAAUUUAUCAGAGAGUUUCCUGGAGUGUGGGCCAGAGCUGUUGUUCAGUGUGCCAGGAAAACAGAAAUAGCACUUUGGCCUUAUCUUUUCUCGGUUGCUGGACCACCAAAGAAGCUUCUGCAAGACUGCUUGCAGAGGCAGCAGCUGGAUACGGCUGCGAGUUAUUUGAUAAUUCUUCAAAACUUGGAACCUUCAACAGUUAGUCGCCAGCAUGCAACGUUGCUACUCGAUGCAGCAUUGGAGCAAGGAAGGUGGGAACUAAGUAGGGACUUGGUACGAUUCCUGCGUGCCAUAGAUCCGAACGAUGUAGAUUCUCCUAGAAACUCUUGGGGAGGAUCUGCGAAAUUGGCGGGACCGCCUCCAACCCCUCCAGUUUCACCUCAUGAAGAAGAUCUUUCCUUAGUUCUUGGCACCAUGCAGGUAUCCAGGAGCAGGAGUUACAGUACCACUGUGACGCCAAAAGUACAGUAUGAUGGGUCAUCAAAAGAUCCAUCUCCAGGAGCGUCGAUGCUCGAGAAGACCAGGAAUGCAGUGAUGCGGAGGAAGAAGUCCCUUCCCAGUGUUAAAGCAGAGAAAAAUGAGAGCAAAGAGGGAUCCGCUGAGGAGUUUUUCAUUGACGUAAUCCUCCAGAGACAUGCUAGAAGAUUACUAACCGCUAGAAGACUCGCCGAUCUAGGUAGAUUUGCAGCUAGACUCGAUUUUCACCUGGUAACGUGGUUGGCGAGGGAGAGAGAGCGUGCAGCAAGAAUUGAUGAUUUCGUAAUUGCCCUGAAAGCUGUCCAUGAGGAUUUCUCGUUCCCUUAUCCCACGGUUUCACUGUCAAAUCUCCAGAAAUUCCGUAAGGCGAGUCAUGCGUCGUUGAGAUCGAGAUCAGUGAGCUUGGAAAUGCCUGAGGGACAAAGUCCAGAGCCCGCGCAAAAUUUCGUGGAUCUUCCACCUGAUAGUGGAUACACGAGCUUGCCCAGCUCCAGUCCUCCUUAUGGAAGUCUAGUGUCACCUGUGGCGAGUCUCGAGACUCAAUUCCCAGUUGCCGAGGCAAAGUUGACACCAAGAAUGCUUCAGGAUGCUACUAGCGUUCUUAGUGACACAUCGACCAAUUGGAGAGAUGAUGUGGAGUCUAUGGUGGGUACGGUUUGCUGGGUUGAUCCUGAAGAACCCACUGAGGUACAAAAUACUUCUCUGUGUGGAUCAAGUAGCAGAGCUGAGGUACAGCUGAGGUACUUACUCCAACUGUUUCUUGAAGCUGGAUGCGUUGGAUGGGCUGCAGUGCUUGCUACUAUUCUCCGGGAUGUCUCAGCCAUGGCGAGAAGUAUAAGAGCAGCACAUGCUCCCAUGCAAACACUCGAGAGUAUCAUUAACCUCAGAGAUGGAAUUCUCAUGCUGACAAAAUGGUCAAAUUCGGAAUGUCUCGGCUACAGGAAUUUUACCUCGGGACUUCAGCCACAGACUUCCCUGUUAAAUCGUCUAAUUGUGAUGAAGCAGCAACAGCAAGUCCACCAUCUCCAAGAAAACCAUCAGGAGGUGCCAGUUAGUCCUGCUCCCAGUCCUGCUCCUUCAUUUGCUAGCAAUCAAAGGGGCAACAUCAGCAGAUCCAGGAGAUCAUCCGCCAGUCAUGCUAGCACUGCAACUACAACCCUAGAGGAAGAACGAGGGGACAUAUUCGAGGAGGAGAGUGGAUUCAGGGGGAGCUACGGGAAUCUCAGUAUGAUAGAAAAAGAGCCUAACUCACAGAGUUGCAGUAUUUCUUAAAAAAAAAAAACAAACAAACAAACACGAAAACCACUGCAUUGUUGCUCAAUUUCAUUUGUGCAAUUUAAUCGUUGAGUGGUAAUUGUGGCCCUGGUAUUGCUCGUAAUGGAGAAUUACAACUAUAAAACUAAAUGCAGAGGACUGACCUCACAAUGACAAACACUGUCGUCGAGAUGGAUACGAAAUUUGAUGGUAUUAUUAUGAGAAAAAUCCUCAAUUUUUUCUUUCAAUGUAGUAUUGAAGUACGUGGAGAAAUCCAAUCAGCAGUGAACGGAUAAGAUAUUGACCGAACAGAACAGAACAUUUUAUGACGAAUUUCGAGAUAUUUAAGACCAGAAUUAUCAGUAUAUAAAAUGAGUAUAAAAUGUUUGUGUUUUUAUCUGUCUAUUGAAGAAAAACGCAGUGAUUAGAGACCAUAACCGAACAUUUUUUCACAAGUUUGUACUGAAAAAAUAUCAGAGAUUUUAAAGCAUUUGAAGAGAAAUACGUAAAGAAUUGAUAGCAACAAAUUGAUCGUUUCUCAACAGUUUUUCUUGUCUGUGUUUAUUUGAUUCAAUCAAUGUUCGAUGAGGAAUAGAUUUAAAGGGGACACAUCGAUAAAUGAAUGGGUUCAAAUCCAUAGCGAAAAUGUAAAUGGUAAUAUUGGUUUUCAUGUUCUAGUUCAUUUUAGUACAUAUCUUGAGAUCGCGUAAUAUCACGAGGACACAUCGAAGGAAUUGUUCUGUAACUUAGAAAAGGGAUGAAAAUGGUACGUUAAUUUUUUAUUUUCAAAUUUUUAAUCAUCACAACAUUGAGAUUCUUUAAAGUCGGAAAAUCUAGAAAAUCAUUAAGAAUCUGUGUUCAUUAUCAUUAAUAAGGGAUUGAAGCAAUAUGAAAAUUGUAAGGAAUUUUGGCAAAUUUUUUCUAAAAAAUGGUUUAAAGUGAAAUCUAUCAGUCUGUGAUUGAUCCAAGAACAUUAUUUCCAGAAAAACUCAUUUUUCGCUCGAUGGAUUGAUUUGAUUUGCGGCAACGCUGUGUGAAUUUACAGGGAAUUGCAAUCAAUUAACAACGUUGAAAAUAAUUUUAAGAUAAAAUUGUUUCGACAAAUUCGUUUUCAAUAUACAUGAUAUUACUAUAUUACUCUUUGUUGUGAAUCCUGUGGAUCUUCCGACAACUCGAUAAUUGCUCAUUAGAUAUAAUCACUGAAAAUUAAAUAUACGCGAAGAGCUCGAGGAUUUGUUUGUGAAUGUUUUAACAGUAAACCAUUAUUUCACUGAUUGAGCCAGGAACCGGGAUAGACUAAAUGGAAAUGCCAUUUUUAUCUCAGUUACCUACUACACCAUAUGGAUAAGGGAAUUGAUUAUGUGGCUCUAGGUGUCUGUUAGAUAUUACUAGAGCCUAGGAAAUUAUUUAUAAAACAAAAUUGUACCAAUAGUUGAAUGAUUAUUAAAUAUAUUUGAAGAUA